AUGAGCAGUGCAGAAGAUGCUGCAGUACCUGGUCAGCGUCUAGCUACAGCGGAUGGCAAGAUUAAAGCAGGAAGCGGAGCAUAUGUUCGUGACGGUUCUAUUUUUGCUUCGAUAUUUGGCAAAUGGAGUAUCGUACAGGAUGCCGUGGAAGUCAAGCGGGCCAACAAGAUAGUGGCAUCAGCACAAGUGCUGCGACUUGGUGAUAUUGUCAUUUGUAGAGUAAUCAAGAUUACAUCUCGACAAGUGAUGGUAGAUAUAAUGUGCGUGGGUGAGACAGUACUGAAGGAAGCGUUUCCAGGAACGAUUCGAUUGGAAGAUGUGCGAAACCAGGAAAUUGAUAAGCUCGUGAUGGAGGAGGUUUUUUCGCCUGGUAUGCUUGUGAAGGCAGCUGUGCUGUCAUUUGGUGACACUCGUUCCUACUUUCUAUCGACAGCUAAACCAGGACUUGGUGUCGUACGUCAGACUACAGAGCAAGCCUGA